AAUACAGUAUUAUGAUUUGGUGGUUUCAAAGAAAAGUUCUAUUAUUUCCUGCAGUGAUUGUUUGCUGUUUGUUCAUAGUAUUAUAUGCAUUAUGCCGACCUGAAUAAGUAAUGUCAUUGUUUCAAGCACGUGAAUGGUGUAGUACUUGUUGUGGGGGCAUUGAAGAAGAAUUUGAUCAGGGAGGCUUGUGCUUGGCUAACAUUGACAAUAAUCCAAAUGGUUAUGACAAAGUUAUAGUUGGAUCAUUAAAUGGUGUGAUUCGUAUUUUUACUGCUGAGAAAGGUGGUUUCAAAGCAAAUAAUUUGAUGUUAGAAACUCAACUUGGAUAUCCUAUAAUUCAGGUUGAAGCUGGUAGAUUUGUUUCUGGCAGUGAAAAAACUCAACUUGCUGUGUUGCAUCCAAGAAGUCUAUGCGUUUAUGCAGUAUCUAGUGUCGUUGGAUUUGUUGAGCAAAGUCAAUUUUUUUCAACCAAGCUAAUAUAUGAGCAUCGCUUGGAACAUGUGUCAUCAAGUAUGGUGUAUGGACCAUUUGGUGGUGUAAAAGACAAAGACUUUAUCUGUAUUCUUUCAAUGGAUGGUGUUUUAAGAUUUUAUGAGCAAGAAAUUUUUUCAUUUCAAGCUUUUCUUCCUGAUUUUCUGUUACCUGGGCCGUUUGUUUACAUUAGUUCAAAAGAUUCAUUUGUGUUUGGUGUCAGUAAUAGAAGCUUGCAAUGUUACAAAUAUGGAACAUUGGCAUCAUCAUCUGUCAGUGACAAAAAUGCAAAAAAGAUUUUACCUGAUUGGUCAAAAAUGUUGGGGGAGCAUUUAGUGUCAAUACAAUUUUCUGGAGGAUCCAUUGAAGUGCUAGGUGAAAGGUCCCUUUUCACUAUUAACAUAUCUGGGGAAAUUGUGCAUAUGAAAAAGUUAGAAUAUUCUCCAAACUGCCUUUUGUCCUAUACUAAACCAAGUAGUUCAGAUGUAAAGAUAAAUUUAGUUUGUACUUAUUCCUCUAUGCUUCUUGUUUAUGAAGAUCACAUUUUAAUUUGGGCUGCACAACUACCGCAUGACUCAGUUUCUUGUAGAAUCGGAAAUUUUGAUGGUUUACAGGGAGUGAUUGUAACACUUAACGAACAUGGGUAUAUUUUCUGCUCGUACUUAGGAACCACUCCUUCUUUAUUUACUAUACCAAAAGUUACAGAACGAGAAAAUAACUUUGAUGCUUUAGAUAAAGAAUUAAAAGAUUUGAAUAAAUUUAUUCAAGCGUCUGAAAGUGGUACAGAUCUCUCACCUGCUGUAAAAGAACCUUUGUCCAUAAAUGUUGUGUUACCUGAAAGGUUAGAUGAAACUUCGAAAUCUCAAGAGCUAAUUGAUAAUGAUGGUGACCAUCCUAUAUCACCCUCUAUAACUGUUGAGAUUAUCCUUGAAUGGAAAAGUCUCAAACCAGUUGAAAACGUUACGCUUUGCUGCUCUUCAAAACAUCCUAUUAUUUGUUCACAACCACAAAUUUGUAUACCAAUAUUAGGAAACAAAUGUGCGCUUAAUGUAUUUUUUUGUACGUUGGGGAGCUCUUUGCCAUCUGAUCUUGAUGUUUCCAUCACAGCUAGUUACUUAACAGAUUCUGAAGUACCACGAGUUGUUCAAAUGUCAUUUGAACUACCUCUUGAUUUAAUUGCAUUUGGCAGUCCACCAUUAAAAACAGGAAUAAAUAAGUUGGUUAUUGAAGUCAAUAAAGACACAGUUAAUUUGGGAGAGAUUUUUCCAGAUAUGGUUGAGGAUGCUGUUAUACCAAUAAGUGGUCUUGGUGUUCAGUAUUAUGGUGGUCCUAUUGUGACUUUAAUUGCUUCAAAACAGACAAGCCGCUAUCGUUUACAAAGCGAUUCAUUUGAAGCUAUGUGGAUUAUUCUUAAUACGUUAUUAAAACGAUUAACGGUUUUCUACGAGAAAAAUUCAAAUGGUGUACCAUUUCGCUGUUCGUUUCAAGGACCAAUACCCCACCAAGAGUAUUUUCUCUUGAUCGAUAAACAUUUUGAACUACGACUAGCUUUAGAUUUAUAUUUAAAAAUGCUCUCACAACGAGCUCAUCAGUUUCGCGUUAUCCAGAAAAGACUUCUAAUGAGAUUUAAAGACAAAACUCCCGCCCCUUUAGCUCAUCUUGAUACUUUACUUGAUGGAACAUAUAAGCAGUUGCUCGCUCUAGGAGAGCAAAUAGAAAACACUCAGUUGGCGUUGUUGCACGCUAGUACAGCGUUAUCAAGCGGAACAAGACUAAUCAACUUAUUGAUUAAGUUUUACGUAUCGAUGUCUGACGAUGAUUUUGGAAUUCUUCAAAAUAUCGUUACUCCUAACGUGUCAGAUACUUCAACUCAAGGUUGGGAGGAAAUGGUUGACGUCAAUAUAUGCUACAUGAUAAAAACAUGUCUCUCGAAGGGUUCAAAAGAUCAAAAUUUGGUACUUCCGCCAAUGAAGAUGGAUAAAGAUACGAACAAAUUAAAAAAACAUUUAUCUUUAUUAUGGGAACGACUGGGUAAAGGAACUAAACUAAAUCUUGAUAUCUCGUCUGAUUAAAUUAAUUUUCAAUUGACUUCACUUUAAGAGAGAGCUGGCAAAUUUGUUUACUUGAAUCAACAUGCUGUUCAAAACAAAAAGUUUGAAUUGUGGCUUAUGAAGCGUAAGCUUUUAAAACUAAUCCGUGUUUAACUAACAGCGCGAGUUUCCUAUUUCAUAAAAUGCAAACAUAAUUAAGUCUUCUGUUAUGUGUCAUGGUUUCUACAAAUAUUUGUUGUGAAAAAAAGAAGCAGUAGUCUUCAAGAAUAUUAAUUAUCUUUAUAUAUUUUGCGCUAAUUUUAUUACUUUUUCCAAAAAUGAAUAGUGUAUUUAUUAGAAAAUUAUAUAUGUAUAUAUUUAAUGUCAUUUCUAAUGAUUAAAAAAAGAAAGAUUUUGGUUCUGUUA